AUGUCCUUCAGUCCAAGCCAGGUCGAGUCGGUCGAGCAUUGGCUCGAUGACCAGCCCAUGUCCGCCAAGGAAAAAGAAAAGGACAUGGAGCGUCUACCGGCAGCUCUCCCACGAGGCAGCCGCCGUGUCGGUGUCUUCAAAGAGUGCCCAGCCAUGGCCAACUACAGCCGGCCAAGCCAUGUCCCGAAUCACCACGACCACGACGACCAGGACCACGACCUGCACGUCCGCUCCCGUCUGCAGAUGCACUCCCGGUUCUCGCGGCGGGACGCGGACGGCGACCUCAGCGCCGACUACGUCAACCCCGUCGAGUGCUUUUUGCGGGUGUGCUCCGCGUGUCUCGGGAGUGCCGCGCUGGCCGUCGGGGCGGUCACGUAUGUGCUGGUGCGGCGGGGCCCGACGCCGACGCCGCCGUCGAGCACGCCCCUCGACAACCGUCUCGGCUGGGUCGUGGCCGUCCCCGUUGCGGCCGCGGCCCUGCUGUGGCAGCUCACGCGCCUGUCGCUGCUGGCCUGGCACGGCCACGGACGGCGGUCGGCGGCGCUGCUGGCAGCCGACCUCGCCGCGGAGGCCGUGCUCGCGGUCGGGUCGGUCAUCUGUGCCAUCCUGGCCGGGUUCCAGACGGCGCGGCACGCGGCGUACAACCGCAGUGUCCACGACGAGGUGGCGCGGGGGUCCCAUGCACAAAACUACGCCGACGUCGGCCCGGACAUGGCCUUGGUGGUGCUGCUGGCCCUCCUGGCCGGUACGAGCUUUGGCAUUCUGGCGCUCACCGUGGUGGAGGCGAGCCGGCGGCGGCGGCAGAGGAGUGGCCGCUCGAGCCGGAGCACCAGCUCGAGCGUGAUUGAGAUUAUUCGGUGA